GGGAGAAGAUUCCUGAGACAUUCGCACCUGUCUCACUGUUUAUUCUCUUCUGGCUUCGCAAGCUUUUUCACGGUAACCAUUGAUUGGAUUACCCACUUCUUCUCUCUGUUCAAUACAUUUUUUCUCUUCCUCGUGCUCUUCUUUCUUCACGCCAUUCCUCCAGGCAAAGCCAGCAAGCAAUUGCUGGCGAAGAGCGAGUUGGGAAGCCCAUGAAACAGCAGAGCCUAUCAAAGACGGCCAAAACCCUGGAGGGUGUUCAUGGCGUUCAUGUUGUCUCUCACUCGCCCUUUGCCUUUGAACGUAUCGGCCAAGUCGGGGACUUUGAGUCUGCCUGCAGUAAUACCUCAGACGCUAGAUCGAACCAGAGACUGUCUUUACAACGUGUCUGGCAGCAAAGACCUCCGUGCCUGAGGCCUAUUCAUUGCAGCAUUCAUGGUGAUCAAAAUCUCUUAGAAACGGCUGCUAAUGUAAUUACUUCACUUCCUUUCAUUGUCCUCGGGAUGCAAGCGCCGAGGAAGAAUCUGAACACUAAGCUGUACGCGAAUUCUCUAAUUGGAGUUGGAAUUGCAUCAAGUGUGUAUCAUGCUUCAAGAGGAAAGUUGAGAAAGUAUCUGAGAUGGGCUGAUUACACGAUGAUAGCCACAGCAACAGUGUGUCUGUCGAGAGCCCUGAGAGACGAGAACCCGAAGAUCUUGAUGGCGGCAUCAGCAUUGGCUCUUCCAUUUCAGCCACUUAUGGUCACAGCUGUUCACACCGGAAUGAUGGAGGUAGCAUUUGCGAAAAGGGCACUAAAGGAACCUGACCUGAGGAUGAGUCACAAUGUACACAAGAUGUCGUCGUUGCUGGGAGGAGCUCUGUUCAUAGCCGAUGAUCUUUAUCCCCAAAUGCCUUUCCUUCACGCCGGCUGGCAUCUUGCCGCCGCCAUUGGCGUCAGCACCUGUAACAAGCUUCUCCACUAGUAUGUAUAUUAUUCCUCUACCAUUUUCAUUAUUUGGGCUCAGACAAAACCAACCAUGGGGUGGCUGUCUGAGCUCAUCAUAAUCAGCCGACAUCACUAGGAAAGAAGUGCAGUCACCUCCAUUCAUGUCUUGAGGAAGAAGAAGAAGAAGAAGAAGAAGAGUUGUAAUUGUAAUGUUAUGCAGUAUGAUAAUACAUUUGUUUGUAUCAGCCGUCUAAGCAUUUGCUUUUCCAAUGUUAACACUACAAUGUUAUGUAUUAUGAUGCUGUUAAUUUAUCUUAUCUCUUGGAAAAUGUAA